AUCUCAAUAUUUUGCUGCGAUCGAUCCCGACCCCGCCAGCGAAGCCCCCGGAGGGAGGAGAAGUGCUGCGCGCUGUGAUGCGUCUUCCUCUCGCCUCGGCUGCCAGUUUGGAUUGUAGCGCCCGGCUCCGUGCUCUGCGAGGAUGGCUCGGUUUGGGGAUGAGCUGCCCACCCGCUAUGGAGGUGGAGGGCCGGCCGGGGCUGGAAGAGGGAGCAGCCGGCAAGGUGGCCCCCAGGCCGGCCAGAGGAUGUAUAAGCAGUCGAUGGCUCAGAGGGCCAGGACUAUGGCUCUCUACAACCCCAUCCCUGUCAAACAGAACUGCUUCACAGUCAACAGAUCCCUCUUCAUCUUCAGUGAAGAUAAUGUUAUACGGAAAUACGCCAAGAGAAUAACAGAAUGGCCUCCAUUUGAAUACAUGAUUUUAGCUACAAUCAUAGCCAAUUGUAUUGUGCUGGCUCUGGAGCAGCAUUUGCCGGAUGGAGACAAGACGCCCAUGUCAGAGAGACUGGAUGACACUGAGCCCUACUUUAUUGGAAUAUUUUGUUUUGAAGCUGGCAUAAAGAUCAUCGCUCUGGGGUUUGUUUUCCACAAAGGCUCUUACCUCCGCAACGGUUGGAACGUGAUGGAUUUUGUCGUGGUCCUCACAGGGAUUCUAGCAACUGCUGGGACUGACUUUGACCUGCGGACCCUGCGAGCCGUCCGAGUGCUGCGACCCCUGAAGCUCGUGUCAGGAAUCCCAAGCUUGCAGGUGGUCCUCAAGUCCAUCAUGAAGGCGAUGGUGCCCUUGCUGCAGAUCGGGCUGCUGCUCUUCUUCGCCAUCGUCAUGUUCGCCAUCAUCGGCCUGGAGUUCUACAUGGGCAAGUUCCACAAAACCUGCUUCUCCAACGAGACAGGUGAUGCUGUGGGAGAUUUUCCUUGUGGAGAGGAGCCUCCUGCCAGGCAGUGUGAGAGUGGGACCACCUGCAGGGAGUACUGGCAAGGGCCCAACUAUGGCAUCACCAACUUUGACAACAUCCUCUUUGCUGUGCUCACCGUCUUCCAGUGCAUCACCAUGGAGGGCUGGACUGACAUCCUCUACAACACAAAUGAUGCUGCAGGAAAUACCUGGAACUGGCUUUACUUCAUCCCUCUCAUCAUCAUUGGCUCUUUCUUCAUGCUCAACUUGGUGCUGGGCGUCUUAUCAGGUGAAUUUGCCAAGGAGAGGGAGCGGGUGGAGAACCGCCGCGCGUUCCUGAAGCUCCGCAGGCAGCAGCAAAUCGAGCGGGAGCUCAACGGCUACCUGGAGUGGAUCUUCAAAGCAGAGGAGGUCAUGCUGGCAGAGGAAGACAAGAACGCAGAAGAGAAGUCUCCUCUGGACGUGUUGAAAAGAGCUGCAAUAAAGAAGAGCAAAAAUGACCUGAUUCAUGCUGAAGAAGGUGAGGACCAUUUCACAGACAUUUGCUCCGUUGGGUCUCCUUUUGCCCGUGCCAGUCUGAAGAGUGGGAAGAACGAGAGCUCAUCCUACUUCAGGAGGAAAGAGAAGAUGUUUCGCUUCUUCAUCCGGCGCAUGGUGAAAGCUCAGAGCUUCUACUGGGUCGUGCUCUGCGUGGUGGCCCUCAACACCCUCUGCGUCGCCAUGGUGCACUACGACCAGCCAGAGAAGCUCACCACUGCCCUCUAUUUUGCAGAGUUUGUCUUUCUGGGGCUGUUCCUCACCGAGAUGUCUCUGAAGAUGUAUGGGCUGGGGCCGAGGAAUUACUUCCACUCUUCAUUCAACUGCUUUGACUUUGGGGUGAUUGUGGGAAGCAUCUUUGAAGUCAUCUGGGCUGCAGUGAAGCCAGGAACCUCCUUUGGCAUCAGCGUGCUGAGAGCGCUCCGGCUCCUGAGGAUUUUCAAAGUCACAAAGUACUGGAAUUCCCUGAGGAAUCUGGUGGUCUCCUUGCUGAACUCCAUGAAGUCCAUCAUCAGUUUGCUCUUCCUGCUGUUCCUCUUCAUCGUGGUGUUUGCUUUGCUGGGGAUGCAGCUCUUUGGAGGACAAUUCAAUUUCCAAGAUGAAACACCAACCACCAACUUCGACACCUUCCCUGCUGCCAUCCUCACGGUGUUCCAGAUCCUGACGGGGGAGGACUGGAACGCGGUGAUGUACCACGGCAUCGAGUCGCAGGGUGGAGUCCACUCGGGGAUGUUCUCCUCCAUCUACUUCAUCGUCCUCACCUUGUUUGGAAACUACACACUCCUGAAUGUCUUCUUGGCUAUCGCUGUUGACAACCUGGCCAAUGCUCAGGAGCUGACCAAGGACGAGGAGGAGAUGGAGGAAGCCACCAAUCAAAAGCUCGCCCUGCAGAAGGCCAAAGAAGUGGCAGAAGUCAGCCCCAUGUCUGCAGCCAACAUCUCCAUAGCCGCCAAGCAGCAGAACUCCUCCAAGUCCAAGUCGGUGUGGGAGCAGAGGACCAGCCAGAUCCGGAUGCACAACUUCCGCGCCAGCUGCGAGGCUCUGUACAACGAGCUGGACCCGGAGGAGAGGGUUCGCUACGCUACCACCCUGCACAUCAGGCCCGACAUGAAGACUCACCUGGACCGCCCGCUGGUGGUAGAGCCCAGGAGCGAGGGGAGGAACAACGUCAGCAAGCUGAGCCCCGGGGACGUGCAGGAGGUGGAGCAGACCAAAGUCGGCUCGACCGACGGGGCGGAAGCUCCGCGGAAGCACCACCGGCAUCGGGAGAAGGACAAGCCGGCGGAGCACGAGAAGGGGGACGGCACCAAGGAGGAGAACGGGGAGCCCGGCCCCAACAACAAGGAGGAGAGGCACAGGCAGCACAGGAGCCGCAGCAAGGAGGUGGAAGGGGGCAGUAAGGAAGGGAAAAGCGAGCGCAGCAGGGGGCAGGAGGGGGGCAAGAGGCACCACCGGCGAGGCUCGGUGGAUGAGGGAGGCGAGAAGGAGCACCGCAGGCAUCGGCCUCACCGGCACUCCGCCGACCGGCAGGGCAAGGAGGGCAACGGCGCCGCCAACGGCGCCCGCGGCGAGCGGCGCUCCCGGCACCGCGGCGGCUCCAGGUCUGGCAACCGGGAUGGGGAGCCCAGCUCCAAGGGAGAGAACGGGGAAGAGCCUCACAGACGGCACAGGCUGAGGAACCGGGCGCUGGCCACCUACGACUCGGUGGAGAAGGAGAACGGCGAGAAGGAAGGGGAGGCUGGGGAGAAGGAGCACCGCAACCAUCAGCCCAAGGAGAACCAGUGUGAGAUCGAGGUGAGUGGCAGUGUGAGUGUCCCUGUGCACACCCUUCCCACCACCUAUCUGCAGAAGGUGCCAGAGCAGCCAGAAGAUGCUGACAACCAGAAGAACGUGACUCGGAUGAUUCAGCCACCUCUGGACAAAACCACCACCGUCAACAUCCCUGUCACCAUCACUGCCCCACCAGGGGACACCACUGUCAUACCAAUGAACAAUGUGGAGUUUGAAAGCAAAGCGGAGGAGAAGAAGGACGUCGACGACUUGACGAAGAACGGCCCGAAGCCGAUCCUGCCUUACAGCUCCAUGUUCAUCCUGAGCCCCACAAACCCGAUCCGGCGUCUCUUCCACUACAUCGUCAACCUGCGCUACUUCGAGAUGGUCAUCCUCAUCGUGAUAGCCCUCAGCAGCAUUGCCCUGGCUGCAGAAGACCCUGUCCAAGCUGAGUCACCAAGGAAUGAUGCUCUGAAGUACUUGGAUUACAUUUUCACAGGAGUCUUUACCUUUGAGAUGGUGAUCAAGAUGAUUGACUUGGGGCUGUUACUCCACCCUGGCUCCUACUUCCGUGACCUGUGGAACAUCCUGGACUUCAUUGUGGUCAGUGGAGCCUUGGUGGCCUUUGCCUUCUCGGGAACCAAGGGCAAGGACAUCAACACCAUCAAGUCCCUGCGAGUCCUGAGGGUCCUAAGGCCACUGAAGACCAUCAAGAGGCUGCCAAAGCUAAAGGCUGUCUUUGACUGCGUGGUGAACUCCCUGAAGAACGUCCUCAAUAUCCUCAUCGUCUACAUGCUCUUCAUGUUCAUUUUUGCUGUCAUUGCUGUGCAGCUCUUCAAAGGCAGAUUCUUCUACUGCACAGAUGAGUCAAAGGAGCUGGAGAAGGACUGCAGGGGUCAGUACCUGGAUUAUGAAAAAGAUGAGGUGGAGGCACAGCCCAGGGAAUGGAAAAAAUAUGAGUUCCACUAUGACAACGUCCUGUGGGCUCUGCUCACGCUCUUCACCGUCUCCACGGGCGAAGGGUGGCCAACCGUGCUGAAGCACUCGGUGGAUGCUACCUACGAGGAGCAGGGGCCCAGCCCUGGCUACCGAAUGGAAAUGUCUAUCUUUUACGUGGUCUAUUUUGUUGUCUUCCCUUUUUUCUUUGUCAACAUCUUUGUGGCUUUAAUCAUCAUCACCUUCCAAGAGCAAGGAGAUAAAGUGAUGUCAGAGUGCAGCCUCGAGAAAAACGAGAGGGCCUGCAUCGACUUUGCCAUAAGUGCCAAGCCCCUGACCCGCUACAUGCCUCAGAACAAGCAGUCCUUCCAGUACAAGAUGUGGAAAUUCGUGGUGUCCCCUCCCUUUGAGUACUUUAUCAUGGUCAUGAUUGCUCUCAACACCAUUGUCCUCAUGAUGAAGUUCUAUGAUGCUCCAGAAGCAUAUGAAGAAAUGUUGAAAUGCCUGAACAUUGUGUUUACAUCCAUGUUUUCCAUGGAGUGUGUGCUGAAGAUCAUUGCCUUUGGUGUGCUGAACUAUUUCCGGGAUGCCUGGAAUGUCUUUGACUUUGUCACAGUGCUGGGAAGUAUUACUGAUAUUUUAGUAACAGAGAUUGCGGACAACUUCAUCAACCUCAGCUUCCUGAGGCUCUUCAGGGCAGCCAGGCUUAUCAAGCUCCUCCGCCAGGGCUACACAAUCCGCAUCUUGCUCUGGACCUUUGUGCAGUCCUUCAAGGCCUUGCCUUACGUGUGUCUCCUCAUUGCAAUGCUCUUCUUCAUCUAUGCCAUUAUUGGCAUGCAGGUGUUUGGAAACAUCGCCCUGGACGACGAAACCUCCAUCAAUCGGCACAAUAACUUCCGGACCUUCCUCCAAGCCCUGAUGCUUCUCUUCAGGAGUGCCACGGGGGAAGCCUGGCACGAGAUCAUGCUGUCCUGCCUGAGCAACAGAGCCUGCGACCCCCUCUCCGGCCUCACCAAGAAGGAGUGCGGCAGCGACUUCGCCUACUUCUACUUCGUGUCCUUCAUCUUCCUCUGCUCCUUCCUGAUGCUGAACCUCUUUGUGGCUGUGAUCAUGGACAAUUUUGAGUACCUGACGAGGGACUCCUCCAUCCUCGGCCCUCACCACCUGGACGAAUUCGUCCGUGUCUGGGCCGAAUACGACCCGGCCGCCUGCGGGCGCAUCAGUUACACAGACAUGUAUGAGAUGCUGAGACACAUGUCCCCACCUCUAGGCCUUGGAAAGAAAUGCCCUGCUCGCGUUGCCUAUAAGCGCCUGGUGAGGAUGAACAUGCCCAUCUCAGCCGAGGACCUCACCGUCCACUUCACCUCCACGCUGAUGGCCUUGAUCCGCACGGCCCUGGAAAUCAAACUGGCCUCAGGAGGCGUGAAGCAGCACCAGUGUGAUGCUGAGUUGAGAAAGGAGAUCUCCCUGGUGUGGCCUAACCUGUCCCAGAAGACUCUGGACUUGCUGGUGCCUCCUCACAAGCCUGAUGAGAUGACGGUGGGGAAGGUCUACGCAGCGCUGAUGAUAUUUGACUUCUACAAGCAGAACAAGAACAGCAGGGAGCAAGUCCAGCCACCUGGGGGCCUCUGCCAGCCUGGGCCUGUGUCACUCUUCCACCCUCUGAAGGCCACUCUGGAGCAGACCCAGCCCGCGGCGUUCAACAACGCCAAGGCCUUCCUCCGGCAGAAGAGCUCAGCCUCGCUCAACAACGGUGGGGCCCUACCAGCCCCAGAGGGUGGAAUCAAAGAGUCCAGCUCUUGGGGGACCCAGCGCACCCAGGAUGUGUUUUAUGAAACCAGGACCCCAGCUUUUGAACGAGGCCACUCAGAGGAAAUCCCCAUUGAAAGGGUGGUAGAAAUGAAGGAAAUCAGCCCCACAGUUGCCAAUGGAGAGCACCAACCAGGUCUGGAGAGCCAGGGACGGGCAGCUUCCAUGCCACGCCUGGCCGCCGAGACUCAGCCCAUCCCGGACACCAGCCCCAUGAAGCGCUCCGUCUCCACGCUGACCCCGCAGCGCCCCCACGCCAUGCACCUCUACGAGUACUCCCUGGAGCGUGUGCCACCCGAGCAGGGGCACCACCACCACCACCACCGCUGCCACCGGCGGAAAGAGAAGAAGCAGAAGUCCUUGGAGAAGGCCUCCCACCAGCUGGCCGACGGAGAAGCUGUGGCCCACUCUGGUGAGUCUUCUUCCAAGGACAAGAGGCAGGAGCGUGGGCGGUCCCAAGAGAGGAAGCAGCACUCCUCUUCCUCCUCGGAAAAGCAGCGCUUCUACUCCUGCGACCGCUACGGCAGCCGGGACCGAGCGCAGGCCAAGUCCACCGAGCAGAGCAGGCCCACCUCACCCAAUGGAGGGCCAGAGCAUGGUCCACACAGACAGGGCAGUGGUUCAGUUAAUGGGAGCCCCUUGCUGUCGACAUCUGGUGCUAGUACCCCAUGCCGGGGCCGGAGGCAGCUCCCGCAGACUCCACUGACCCCACGUCCCAGCAUCACCUACAAGACCGCUAACUCCUCGCCCGUGCACUUCACCAGUUCCCAAGCCGGCCUGCCCAGCUUCUCCCCGGGCCGCCUGAGCCGCGGGCUGUCCGAGCACAACGCGCUGCUGCGGGGGGAGCAGCAGCCGCCCGCCCCGCCGGUGGCUCGCAUCGGCUCCGACCCCUACCUGGGCCACCGCGACGACGCCGACAGCCCCUACCGCGCGGUGCCGGAGGACACCCUCACCUUCGAGGAGGCGCUGGCCACCAACUCGGGACGGUCCUCGAGGACUUCUUACGUCUCCUCCUUGACCUCCCAGUCUCACCAAAUCCGCAGGGUGCCCAACGGCUACCAUUACACGCUGGGGCUCAACACGGGCCCCGGGACUGGCACCAGAGGACGUAGCUACUACCAGGAAGCCGACGAGGACGACUGGUGCUAGCGGCACGGCGGAGCCCUCCCAGGCCAGCGCGCUUACAAUCGAUGAGUUUUAUCAUCUGGAAGGCUGCGGUGCCCAGCGGCUGAAGGGGGCCCUCGGGGCGGCCCCCACCAAGAGAACUCUGCUGUGCCCCCCCAGGGCCAGAGACACUCCUGCAGCCUCUCUCCUCUCUUUCUUUC